AUGGCUGGCCCUUACCACCCAGUUCCUGCGCAAAAUAAUUAUGUAAACCCUGCUGUAAAUAUCGAUUCUCCUGACCGUUUCAAUGACUGGAUACUUUCAAAAUAUGCUGAAGAAAAUGUAGGCGGUAUGACUAUGGGCAUCCAGGCCAUACUCGGUGAAAAAUUUAGCCCAUUUGAUACGCCUGAAUCAUAUAGAGAUAGAAUUCGAAAAAUUUCUAUAGGAGUAACUGAUGCAAUAGCAGUACCAAUUCUCAUCCAGCAACUUCCGCUGGAUUUAAUAUUAUCUGUAAGGAUGUAUAUGAAUGAUCGCGGAGCUGGAAAUCAAACAGUAGCUAAUUUCUUUGCAGACUUAAAAAGAGCCUAUAUUGAAAUUCGUGGCGGAGUAGGUAAGCCCCAGGUUCCCGCACAAGCACCCAAUACCCAAAUACCACAGAAUGCGCCUCAAAUUCCUGCAUCAGAAAAUAAACCACCCCCUUUACCUCCAGGACAUGAUUAUAGGCUUGAUGAAUUUCAUAUGAAUCGGUUUUUAGAUGAUGUAGCAAAGAAGCGGGACCCCAACUAUAGUGGUUAUCCAGGAACUGAAAUGGCCUCUCCUUUACCAGCAAGAUUUCUUAACCCAAUAGCAGAGAGAAAAUUUAAACUUGCAGAUCGUAUCAGGCAAAGUGCUUUUGCCGAAGAGAAAAGGUUACAAGACCCUGAAAAUAUUGAUGAAUACAUUAAUGACGAAUUAGCAUCCUUGUAUGGGCAGAAAAUGAGUUUAGGUGCCGUACGCAGAAACCCUUCAAAGAGACGUUCCCAUAAAAAGAAGCCGGCAAAGAGUAGGGGCAAG